AAAAGUGAUAAAAAAAAGUGCAGAAAUCCAAAAUUUUGCGAAUCCUUGUGAACUUUUAACUCGGCGUCGGCAUGAUGUCGCCAUGAACUCGCACUUUGCGUCGUACCCGGGUGACAUCAGAGACGACUGCUACGAGCCGGAGCUGGACACGGAUCCGCUGUGCUGCUGCGAGUACUACGACCGGAACGCCGCCCGGAAUCACAUUCUUGCGUGCUGCUGUAACUGCACCGACGUUGACGAAUCCUUCGACAGAUUCAUUUCUGGCCGUCCCAUCCCGGUGGACAGGCAGCGCGGGAUGCUGCUGACGUUCCAGGACCGGAUCCGGAUCCCGUGGCGCGGCGGGGCCAAGCAGAUCACGGUGGACAAUGUGCUGCCGGUGGUGCUGCUGGUGGCGCUGCAGCUGCUCGCCGCGGUGGACUUUUACUGCAGUCUGGUGAUUUUCACCGCGAUUCCGGUGCUGCUGGCGUAUCUGAAGCGCUUCCUGGGCCGAGUGCUGCCAAAGACAAAGUUCUUCUCGCUGUGGCUGUUCUGGAGUGGAAUCUACCUGGUGAUCCUGUUUGAGUCGACGGUUCCGCUGCUGGAGCUGCUCCCCGAAGAAAACCUGGCCUUCGUCCUGCUGAUGUCGCUUUCGUUCUUUUGCUUUUACAAAACGAAUCAACGGGCCGGCCAGAACCAUGUUGGCCAACCAGUCGGGGCCGGUGGCUUCAAGGACGAGGCCAACGGUGACUCCCAGAGUGCCAUCCUCAUCUCGGACCGCGAAGACUCGGACGAAAGCGACGGCCGGCUGGCGUGCCAAGCGUGCCGCAAGUACGUGCCCCCGCGGAGCUACCACUGCAAGGUGUGCGGAACGUGCGUCGUCAAGCAGGACCACCACAGCGUCUGGCUGAACUGCUGCGUUGGCCGCUCCAACCAUCGGUUCUUCCUGGCCGGAUCGUUCUGCUCGCUGCUCGCCCUCCUGCUCUUUGCGAACCUGUCCCUCACGUCCGUGUGCCAUCCGACGCCGAUCUUUACCGUGUUUGGCGUCACGGUCAUGCUGCCGGACGAUUGCAGCGACAUUUACUUCCAGUACGACAUUGCACUCUGCUUCACCGGCGCCAUCUAUGCCCUUCUUAUGUCACUCUUCAUCUUGAUCUCACUACUGAAACAGUCCUGUCUGAUCUCCCGUGGCUUCACCGGCACCGAGUGGCAGCGGGGCGAGCAUAUCAACCGGCGGAACUGUCUCGUCAACUGGAAGAUGUUCUGCCUGGGACAAUAAGAGCACGAAAACGCAGUCGCGCCACAAUGAUUAUGAUUAUUGAGUCCUUAUUAUUAUCAUUAUUAUUAGUGUACUCGUUAUAUGAUCAUCCUUAUAUAUUGUAUCGGAUAUACAAACAAAAGCGUACGUAUUUUUAACCGUUUUAACUAAAAUAUGAUAUCAUACCAAAAAAAACUAAUAAUUAAUUCUAAAACAAUAAAAAGAAAACAAGAAGAGAAGAAAAUGUUGCCUUCGAAUUGAACACCUUUUGAAGGUAGCGUUUAAGUUGAGUUUCCUGUUUCAUGUUUUUCCCGCGAAGAAUAUUUAUUGAAUGAACGAAAUAUUCUUAACAAAAAGGCAGUUUAAAUUUAAAGUAAGUUUAAGUCAAUUUAGGUCGUAAGUAGUCAACCUUGUAAUUUCUUUGCUCCUUAAAGAAAGAAGAAAAGAAUUACAAAAAUCCCAUAAAACACUACUUAAUCGCAAAAAAAACCUAAAGUAACAAAGUAUAUCAUAAAUUCACAAAACUAAUUCCAAUGAUAGACAAACAAAAACCCAUCCUUUUGUGCGAAAAAGGAUUCAAACAAGCGCUGUUGCUCUUCAAAGCCACAGCCAGUAUGUAGACUGAUAAACGUUUUAGAUAAACGAAGAAGAAGAAGAAGAUUAUGAAUAAUAUAGUUUUCUUUUUCCUCCUUCUCACUUUCACGUAACCACUUAUCAUGAAUUACAAACAAUAUCCUAUGCUCUACGUAUCGUUAAAAGCAAAACAAAAAAAUAUUAAAACAAUUAUUAUUCUAGCACAAAUAUACGCAAUUAGGUUCUGAUUGGUGCUCAUUUAGGUGUGGAAAGCAAACCGUUUAGAGAUUUAGGUUGUUCGGUUACGGCAUCAAAUGCAAAAA